AUGUCGAAUCUCCUCCACACUCCUACCACUAUUAAAAGCUCCCGCACACCACGCAAGCCCAAGAAGUCUAAUCUAGCCGAUGUCAUCGAGCUGUAUGCAACAAAACGAUUAACAAACUUGGGGCUUCGUAAUCUACAGGUGCACUUAUGGACCAUCUUCCUCGCAAGCUUCCGCUCCCACAUUGAACAGAAGCUGGCACGUCACAAUGGUCUCGACAUAUUCAACAAGCCUGAGGUGACGCGGCAUCGUUUCUGCACUCGGGUUGACGAGGCGAGCCUGAAGUCUGUGGUCGCAGCGGUCGCGGACCCUGAGAACGCUCUGGAAGACGGUUUCAGAUACGCAGGCUCCAUCAACGUGGUGCGGAAGAAAUGGGAACCCUAUGAUCCGACACCUGGCGAAGAAGAGCCGGAGGAGCCGCUCGAACGUGUCACGUCAAAAGACAUUGGCUAG